GUGUCACGAGGCGCCCCCCCGGGCCGGCCCACUCUCCGCACGUCAACCGCCACCAACCGGCAGUGUCCGCGAGCUUUCCCAUCAGGACCCCGCGGACCGGCUCAGGCGGCGAGAAGUCGGCCGCCCCGAGAACGAGGGACGGCAGAGGCGGGGCGCAGCAGGGGGCUCUCCAGCCCUAGAGCUCCAGGACGCGGGUCUGGCGUCCCUCCCCGCCCGCGGCACAAUUGCGGGACGCGGGGAACCCCCGCCGACGGCGUUCCCACUCGCGCCCCGCCGCCCCACAGACCAGAAGGAGAAGCGGAAACGCCUCCGGGAACCGUCACCGCCGCCCUCAUCCCGCCGCCGCCUCCAGGAGCGUCGCCGCCCGGCAAUCACCGCGCGCAUCUCGCAGGCGCCCCAGGACGCGGCGCCCGGCCCUGCCCGCGUCCCCGCCGCGGCCCGCUCGCCGCCAGCGCCCGCGUCCGGCCCCGCGUCCCCGCCCCGCCGGCCCUCGGCUCACCUGGGCCUCGACGACGCGCGGGAGGAAGCUCAGGGUGACCUGCAGCUGCACUGCGGCCGCCCCCCCGCACGGCGCCGGCCCGCCGGGCCCCCGGCUCAUGCUGACCUCUCCCCACAGCGCGACCAGCUGGGCCCCCGGGGCCGGGGAACGGUGGGCGGCCCGGGCGACGACCCAAGCUGCGAGGGAGGCGGGAGAGCCGGGCGCCCCCACUUCAUCUCCCAGGCUGCCCCGCCCCCGGCUUCCCCUACGCCCCGGCCACGCCCCCGCCGUGCGCCGGGCCUUGUGGCAGUUGUUGUCCCUGCGCGGCCGCCGGCCCACCUCCUGCGGGGGACGGGGCCGGCGGCGGGGGUAACCCGGGCGCUGCGGCGGCGGCGGCCGCUCCGCCUCCCCCACGGCGGCCAAUGGGACAGGACCACGCGAGCCUCCAAAACAAGAGGCGCUGCGGGAGGGACUCCGCCCCCCUCGGCCGGCCGCGGCGCCGACCCUUCCUCGGUGGUGCCUCCUGGAAUCCCGGAUGGGG